AAAAGUGAGAGAAAAGGGAAGGACUCUUCACUCGUUUGUGCGCCUUUGACUCUUCAUAUCUCUGCAUCUCUCUUCAUAUUUAAUUUUAUACUCAUGCUGAAAAUGCCUUCUCUGGUCAUGAAAUAGCAGCUGAGCAGAAAAAGAUUCAAUCUUUCGCCAAAAAAAAAGCUCUUUAGAACAUUACCAAAAGGUGCUUCUCUGGUGUGGGAAUCGGAAAAAUAGUUUUCAAGUUCUACAAUAAGCCUAAAGCCCAUCGAUUGUCUAACUCUCUCGUCCUGUGGAGGGAGUUAUAGCCAGCUGAUCUCUUGGGAUGAAGACUCACAGUUCUAAUCAUGAGAUUGAUAUGGAGAGCCGGAGAUUGGUAGAGGACAAAGAACGACCUGUACGAAGUAAAAGAGUAAUUACAAUACAUAAUCAGGCCCUGUUGUCUGGUUUCGCAUACUGUAUCUCAUCAUGCAGCAUGAUACUGGUGAACAAGUAUGUCCUCUCCAGUUAUGACUUUAAUGCUGGAAUUUCUUUGAUGCUCUACCAGAAUCUUGUCUCUGUAGUCAUUGUUUCCAUCUUAAGUCUCCUUGGCGUAGUUAAGACCGAACCACUUACCUGGAGAUUAAUCAAAGUCUGGCUUCCAGUCAAUGUAAUUUUUGUUGGGAUGCUAGUCACAAGUAUGUUUAGUCUACGAUACAUAAACGUGGCCAUGGUCACAGUUCUGAAGAAUGUAACCAAUGUGAUAACCGCUAUAGGUGAAAUGUAUAUGUUCAACAAGCACCAUGACAACAGAGUUUGGGCAUCUCUUUUUAUAAUGAUAAUCUCAGCAAUAUCUGGAGGAAUCACGGAUCUCUCAUUUCAUGCUAUUGGAUACACAUGGCAGUUUAUCAACUGUUUCUUGACAGCAUCAUACUCUUUGACGUUGCGGCGGGUCAUGGAUACUGCAAAGCAAGUCACUAAAUCUGGAGAGUUGAAUGAGUUCUCAAUGGUCUUGCUGAACAAUACCCUCUCCUUGCCCCUAGGAGUUCUGCUCAUUUUUGUUUUCAACGAGGUCGAUUAUCUUUUGCAAACACCGCUAUUGAGAUUGCCCACGUUCUGGCUGGUGAUGACCUUUAGCGGAUUCCUGGGUUUGGCGAUCAGCUUCACGUCAAUGUGGUUUCUCCAUCAGACAGGAGCUACUACUUACAGCCUCGUUGGGUCGUUGAACAAGAUACCCCUUUCUAUUGCUGGAAUCUUCAUCUUCAAAGUCCCAACAAGUUUAGAGAACUCUGCAAGCAUUUUCUUCGGGUUGUUAGCUGGAGUGCUUUUCGCAAGAGCCAAAAUGCGUUAAGUGUUUAAAUCUCAUUUUUGAAGGAUCAAAUUCUUUAUUGUGAGGAUGAGAGAUUGUAAUCUUGGUAACGUAGUUGUAACAUUUCUCAAAAGAAAGAAGAAAAAGAAAAAGACAAUGUGAAAGCAUUUCCAAAUCAUUUUUAAAAAAAAUCCAAAUUCUAAAAAUUUGACAAA